AUGGAGAAUAUAAAAAUUUAAAAGAUUUUGUGGAUAGACCAGGAUGUUGAAUCUGUGGAAAAUACAAACUAUCUAAACAAAAUAAAAUCUUUGGGCUUAUCUGAUGUUGAAUUACAAUGUUAUAAUAGCGUUGAUGCUGCUAUGAACUACUUGAAGAAAUUACAUUUUGACCAUGUGAGACUUAUUUGCUCUGGAAGACUCAUGGAAAAUCUGCUAUAAGAAAUGACAAAGAACAAACUCCAAGAACAAAAUAACUUGACCUAUACGCUAUUUGUAUUUAGUAUGAACUCGUAACAUUAUAAGGAUAUUUAUGCUAAGCUUCCUGAAGAUCAGAGGAUCUUUUGCACUAAUAAUUGUAGAGUUGGAAAAAUAACUUGUAUGAUGUUCUCUGAUAACUAUGAAGAUAUGUUGAACUAUAUAAAAGCCGGUAAUUACAUCACAUUUAAUUUGAGAUAAAUGUCUUAGUAUAAGCAAUAGUUAAUUUAAGUUGGUGAAUCUUCUGGUUUGUUUGAAUAUAGCAAUGAUGUGUAGAUUUUACCUGCCAUUGAUUUGACAGGGAAAAGCAAUAAAAAGCUAAGUAAUAGCAAUGUUGAUUUUAUUGGUUAUCAAAAUAAUAUUUACACUUAGGUUCCUAAAUUAGCUUAUUUAAUUAGACUCCCUUCUAAGAAAUAUCAAUUAGAUAACUUGAGCAAGUUAUUAACUUGUGUUUUCAAGGUUGGAGAAGACUUUGAUCUCACAGAAAAUGAGUUAUUACAGAUUUUGAGAUAUUUUUGGAUUUCUUCAACUUGCUGGAAAAACGAGUAAGUUGAUAAGUAUUUGUUGAGACUUUGGACUGAAGAGAGCAAAUUCUAUAAGAUAUUUAAUGAAGUUCUAAUCUCAGCUAACGAAAAAGCUAUGAGCUACUUCCGCCAUUUAGUCUAUAGAUAUUUCCAAAUCUUCUAAUCUAAAAAAUAUCCUUAUUACAUAGGUACUGUUUACAGAGGUAUUUAAGUAACUAAUGAAUAAUUAUAAUAACUUCUUUAAUUUGUGGGAGAAACGAUUUACUUUACUACUUUCUUGUCAACCUCUAAAAGCAGAGAUAGAGCUUUUAAGGGUAAUGUGCUUUUUGAGAUAGAAACCAUUUCAAAAGACACUAUGGAUAAGCUAAUUUUCAACUAAAAUGUGGAUAUUUCUUCCUUUUCAAUGUAUCCUCAAGAACAAGAAGUUUUAUUUUUACCUCUUGAUGUAUUUACAGUAAAAUCCCAUAGAAUAGAAGGAAAUCUAAAUAUUUUUAAUCUUGUUGAAAACUCUGGUCUUCCAUUUUAGCUCACUGCUUACUAUCUAGGAAAAUGA